AUUUGUCAUCUGCAGGCAGAGAAGGAAGGGAUUUAGUGGUUGGUGUGCGUUGUAAUGAAUGAGUCACCCGGAAAUAUGAACGUAGACCUUGUAUGGGUGCCUUCCAUAUUAUUCCGAUCAUACUACCCACAAGCAAGAAGGUUCGAGCGAGCAGAGCAGAGCCGUGCCAUCUGUACAACUGGCCGCUGGCCUGACGACCGGUUCGUUACGUGCCGGAGAAGUGCUGUUAUUUGAUGCAUGACCACCACAAGGCGUCAAAAUCUGUAUAUUGUCAUGCAGCAGAAGCCGAAGCAUGUAUUGCAAACCAACUUGUGUGAAGAAUCUACACAGAUCACAGGUCCUACAGUUGCCCGACCAUCCUCUGAAAUUAGACCGACCGUCUUAUAAUACUCGACUGGCUGGCCGGCAGGUAUUUCCCUUUUUUGCUCUCUGACUGACUGACAUACCACCUGUCAGAUUAUGGCUUUUCCAUUCUUACCUAAGGCUGGUCCAAACUCGAACGGGAGUUUGUUUUGGCACCGGCGCACGACUCUCCCUCUCCCGGGACUUUGCUGCUAGUGAGAGCGUAGCUCGCUCAGACCUCCAAUCACACGUAGCUGUACCAGUACUGGUACGUACUAGUACAGUAGUCGUAUAAACACAGGCCCCCCAGGUCCCGCUACGGUCCAACAUGCCCCAGUUGUUUUCAAGCAGGUGGAGGAUGAGGACGAGGAGGAAAUACCAAACGAAGAAUCUCGUGUUGUCGACAUAUCCGCCCAGUAAUCAGAGAUGCAUCAUCCUAAUCCACUUCUCGGGUUCUGAAGUUGUCAUCGACUUUUCUUCUCAGGUCGGAAAUUGCAAAUCUGUCUGCCUUUCUCUGACUCCCGGAGCAAAAUGUACGCGCGCAUGCUUUUCUGGCCGAGAGAGAGGGGAUUGAGAUCGUUUCAGUGGAGUAAACAGAGCCCUGUUAGCAUGAUGAUGAUGAUAUUGUUGUUGAUGAUGAUGGAGGAGCUGAAGAAGAGCGAGAUCGAGCCAAUAGCGUCAGACGUCACGAAAGCUCCUUCGAGGAGGAGGCGGUCACGACUCACAAGAGUUUCUCAGCGCGACCGUAGUGCGCAUGCAUGCCUCCCCCUCUCUCUCUCUCUCUCUCUCUCUCCCUCUCCCUUCGUCAGGCCGUGCGUCGAGAUUCCAAAGGCCGGAACUUUAUCCGCGGGGCUGGGCUCGCCUCGAAGGGGCCGAGAGAAUCUACCAGACAUGGAAAAUUCUGCAAUCUCACGUAAAAAGGGGUCAAAGCAGAGCAUCGCCUCGGAACGGAUCCGUGAAGGAAGCGAGCGGCAGGCAGAGGCGAGCAUGCCUGGGACAUCGGGGCCGGGGUUGGGGUGGAGUGUUGACCCUGAUCAGAGUAGGACUCUUUGACUUUCCUAGAUCCAUAACGACGACUGGACUCGGUCAAUCGCUUGACCCGAGGGGCGACGAGAUCCUUUGACGGUGCACGUACACUGGCUUCGGAAUGAUGGCAAAUGGGCUGCCCGCGACCACUGACAACUGCUGCUGCUGCUGCUGCUUCUUCUCCUUCUUCUUCCGCAACGGCCAAUGUCGAGCUCUCGUCUUCAAGAAAGAUCGAGCAAUCGUCCGCGUUCUGAGUGCUGAUGCUUUGUUCCCCUGGUCACCUGAUGGACCGAAUAUCAUGCAUGGAUCUGGGCUCGAUCCGGCUUUUGCGUGCAGAGCUCCGGAGUACAGGUGAUAAUUAUGGAUAGAAAAUGAUAUCAUAGUUUUCCAGCUUGUGAUUGAUCGGAGUCCAGAUUACACGCGGCGAGAGGCAACUAAUCAUAGCAGCAGUAGCGUGGAUAGAAAACUCUUGUACAGCACGCAGAUCUCGGAGAAUAUCCCUUACAUCAGCUCUGAUACAACAAUCUCUCUCUCUGAUAACGAGGGAAUUAUGAAUCGACGAGAGAUCAGGCGCGCCCUCGCCCAUUGCCCCGCCAGAUCGGCGGAGGACAGCGCUCGAGGCGGGAAAUCGAAGGCACAGCUUCCAUCUCUGCUACGUUCGCACCUCCUUCUCAGAUUGCGUGUAUGUUUCGAGGGUGCCAGCGGGAGUGCAGACAAGGAUCCUUCGAAUAUCUGGAGCCGAUCUACGCUUCACGAGACGAAUCAUGUGGAACUUUGGCUUGCGUACAUACACUUCUCGGUUGGGAAUCGAGAUGCAAACUGAACGAUAUAUUCCGAAUCGCUGCUGACAACUAUCAUGCUGCACAUCACCAUGUGUUCUGUUAUACCACAACGAACCUGGUUCUCUCUACAGAGAUACUUCGCAUUCUUUAAUGAACAAUCUGAUGUGAUCCACUUCUGUGUAGAUAAGCAUUUAUAAUCUUUAUGUUUUCCUUCUUUCCAAUGUCAGUAAGUUUUCAG